AUGCCUGAGUUCAAACAGGCGUUCCUUUGUAAGAAGGGAUCUACCUGUAGUAAAGCAGCACGUAUGGCUACAGAGAGGGAGGGGAAUGAGAUUGCUGAAGCACUGCGCGGACUGUUCGGUUUGGUGAGAGGGGAGCUGACAGCAUUGAAAGGGGAGCUGGCCAUGGUUAGGGAGCAGGUGGCCCGACAGAAUGAGCGAGUGUUGAUACUGGAGGAGAGGAACCAGGUUUUGGGGAAUGAGGUGAAUGAGUUGAGGUAUGCACUGGAUGUUGUGGGAGAGAGGAGUGUGGCAACUGCUGCUGUGGUUGAGGAGAGGGAGACAGCGUUGGCAACAUUGACCGAGGAGCUGAAUAAAGUGAAGGCAGAGCUGACUGCAGUGAAGGGGGGGCUGGCUGAACACAAGGAUGUUAUAACAGAGCAACUGGAUAUGGCUGAGAGACGAAGGGAAUUGGAAUUGAGAGAGCUUGGAGAGGAGGUCAGAAAGGGAGAGGAUGAAAUGAGAGCGGAGUUGGCAAGGGAGAGGGAGGAGAGGAGGAGGGAGGUGCAGGCGCUUGAUUGGCCAUGUGCCAUGGAGGAAUUGACAGCCUGCCGAAAUUGGCAAAAUUUUGAGCUGGAAAUGUGCAGAAGUGAUGACCGUCAGAUUGAUGCAUGGAAGGCCAUGCAUUGUUCAAUAUGCCAUGGAGCGAGCUCAUUGUCACGAUGGUAUGGGAUGGGAUAUGGGAUGGGGUGUGGGAUGGGGUAUGGGAUGGGGUGUGGUAUGGGGUAUGGGAUGGGGUGUGGGAUGCGGUAUGGGAUGGGGUGUGGGAUGGGGUAUGGGAUGGGGUGUGGUAUGGGGUAUGGGAUGGGUUGUGGGAUGCGGUAUGGGAUGGGGUGUGGGAUGGGGUAUGGGAUGGGGUGUGGGAUGGGGUGUGGGAUGGGGUAUGGGAUGGGGUGUGGGAUGGGAUAUGGGAUGGAUUGUGGGAUGGGAUACGGGAUGGGGGUGUGGGAUGGGGUAUGGGAUGGGAUAUGGGAUGGGGUGUGGGAUAGGGUGUGGGAUAGGGUUUGGGUUGGGUGUCGGAUGGGGUAUGGGAUGGGGUGUGGAAUAAGGUAUGGGAUGGGGUGUGGGAUGGGGUGUGGGAUUUGGUAUGGGAUGGGGUGUGGAAUGGGGUAUGGGAUGGGGUGUGGGAUGGGGUGUGGGAUGGGAUGGGAUGGGGUUUGGGAUGGGGUACGGGACGAGGUAUGGGAUGGGGCAUGGGAUGGGGUGUGGGAUGGGGUGACUCAUGGAAUGGGCGGGAUGGGGUAUGGGAUGGGGUGGGUCACUUGA